CCGCUUGGACGUUUUUAUUUAGCCGAAGCCUGUGUUAGCGAACAAGUGACUUCCCAGACACCGGCAAGAAAUAAGAAAGCACAAGACGGACAAACUGAUAACCUUCAUCUACUCGUUAUUAGCAGCUAUCCGGAAUUUUGGCUGACCGAAAAAACAUUGUUUUCUGAACUAAGUUAGGUAGCAUGGCGUGCGGAGCUACUUUGAAGCGUUCAAUGGAGUUUGAGGCCCUUCACAGCCCUCAAUCUCCAAAACGGCGGAGGUGCAACCCUCUGCCAGGGACCCCGGUCACCCUGUCGCCAAAGCGGUGUAACCUGCUUUCUGAUACCGGUGACAGUUCGAUGUCUCCCCAAUCAACUUGUGGAGGAGAACAUAGACUUACCCCAGAGCAGAUUGUCCAUAAUCUUAGGCAAGAAUACAGCCGCUACCAGCGGAGGUGGCAGCUUGAGGGGGGCUUCAACCAGAGUGAGUCCCAGACUCCAAGUGAUGGCCCAGGACAAAGCCCUGGUUUCAUGGCACCAAGCUCCCCACCAGGAGUUUCUAUGAAGAGGGACCUGCCCUGCUUCACAUUGCGCCAGGUUGGCUCUCUGUGUGAACGAAUCCUCAAGGACCACGAGGAGACCAUCCGUGAAGAGUAUGAACAGAUCCUGAACACUAAGCUGGCGGAACAAUAUGAAUCGUUUGUAAAGUUCACACAUGACCAGAUCAUGCGACAAUAUGGCGCCAGACCCUCCAGCUAUGUCUCAUGAACUCUUAAUAGUAAGCUACCUGCACUCACCUCAAGACUGCUGCUCUUCAAUCUCCAAGUUUUUCUUCACUACUUCAGUGCUAUGAUUUCCUUUUAAAACGCUCAAUAUUCUGGGUCCGAGUUGGACUGUACUUGUGUGGAUGUGCUCUUUGAGAGAUGGAUGGUAGACUUGCAUUUUCAAGUGCUGUGGAAAGCUGGGCUGACGUGACUGUUCAAUUUAACCUGCCAAAACUCACUGCUGCAGCAUUUAACCCUACAUGCCUUUUUACAUUUUUUAUUUUCACCAAACAUACUUGAAAAGGUGGUUUUAUCUUUUGAUUUAGAAAUGAGUUAUUUGUGCUUUAUGUAAAUGGUAUUUGAUAUAUUAUACAGUAGAACUUUGGUGUACUACAGUCAAUUGCAGUUUUGCUUUUCUCUAUACAUAUUUUGUACAGAGUUGUUUUGGGUGAUUCCCUUGUUUUACAAAUUUUAGGGUUCUUAGACAUUCUACCAGAUUAUGCUGCAAUUGAGGAGAUUCCAACACACCAUGCGUGUCGGUAUACUGAGCUCUUUCUAAAAUAUGCAGGCUAUUACUCCCAAGAAUACCAAACAUGGAUGGAAGGGCUCAAUUGUUUACUGGUUAUGACCCUUCUUACAGGGAUAGACAGGAUGAGGGUUUUCUUUCCAGGCCAGCAAAAAAUGGAGGCUGAAAUGUAUGAAACUGCACAGUCACCUCUUGGUUUGGAAUAAAAACAUCUGUAUAGAUUUGAGUCUGUUAUCGAUAUUGUAGCGACCUUACCCAACACCUAGCUACCUCGUCAAAAGGUUUGGCUCUCUUGGUGUAAUGGCUACCUCCCCCCCUUAUUGGCUACAAUAUACUUGGGCCCUUGAGGUUUGUAAUGGAACUUCACUCAUUGUUGAGGCAUGCUCAAUGUUUUUCUUCUGUAGCUGGCCCUAUGUACUCUCUUUUUUUGUAUAUUCAAUUUGUUGAAUGAUUACUUAUGAUUUAUAUUAACUCUGAGUGUACUGUGAUAUAUUCUAUUAAAUUAAAAAUGUUUAGGAGAUGAGUUAGUCGACCCUGUAGUACAGGUGGUGUGUUCUGUAAAGCCUGUGAUUAGGUGAGGAGGGAUUAUGUAGUGUUACACAUCACACCACUGAAUACAGGGAAUGUACAUCUUAAUGGAUGGCUUUGAGUCUAAAGAAAACUGAUUUUCAUCAUUCAAACGUGAACUAAUGUGUGUCUACGCAUAAGCUGUACACAUACAAUGGCACGCCUACCAUUAGGACACGCCAUUUGAUUUUUUUUCUUCAAUUCUCCAGUUGAGUGUGGUUGUGGUUUCAGUUGCUCAGAUGUACAAGAAGCUCUUGAUAUCACCUUUUUACCCAAAAUAUCCUGAACCGUGAAAAAAUAUUUGUCCUAAAUACUACAAUGUAUUUUAAGGUCAGUUUUGUUGAACACAAUUAUAACAUUGUUGAAUAAAUACUUGAUUUGAAGGGAA